UGCUUAUCUCCCUGCGGCCUGCAGGACGCUGAUCUGAUUAUCCUGUUCCAAGCUGAAUCAGAUCUGGUCUUCAGCAUCUGGAGUUCAGCAUCUGCCGAGGUCUGCUGAAGAUCAUGCUGGGGCGUCCGCCGAGGGACUAUUCAUCCGCAUCUCGGCGUCGCGCAAGCCCAUCCCUCUCCCCUUCCACCUCCGUUCCCCGGAUGCCGCCAGCGGAUGCGGGUGAUUCCACUCAUCGCAGGAGGGUGCAUUCGGCAGUGAAGACGGCAUCGUUUGCGGCUUGUUUGUUCAUUCAUCUCGUGGCCAUGCCACCUGCCUUAUGCUGGAGAUCAACGAGGCUUUCAUUCAUGAGGAUCCAUCUUCCCAGACAUGGCGCUUGGCCACCGUGGAGGCCUCCGAGGACUGCAUUACAUGCUGCUGAGAGCACUGAGGACUUUAUGCGUCGCCUUGCGCCGAGGCUGGGUCGGUCUGCUGAUGACCUGUCGCCUUACAUCCGCAAGCUGCGAGAAGAGUGGAUCACCGAGCCGGCGUUAUUACUGGAGGGCCACUCUGUGCAGGAGACAAAGGACAUGCUGAGGGAAUGGGGCUUCCCGCGUGGGCUCAUUAAUGUCAUGAUGAAGGAGCUGCAAUCAACGACGGCUGGCAAACAGGGGCCUUCUCUACCGCAAAAAAGAUCAGACACCACGGCUGCCCCUCCGACCGCCAAAAAGAGCGCAGCCCCCUCCCCUCCACCGUCGACGGUCGAAGGGCCUUCUGAUAUCGUGCUAGUGAAGCAGGAGGUGAUGGAGCGCGUCAAGCGAGACCAUGCCCCGCAGCGGAGGAGCCUCGGGCAAAGACUCAAGGCCCUUGCCGAGCGCGGACCACUCCCUUCGCCGCCCCCCAGCCAGCAAUAUCUCGGGACAUUUCAUCUUCUCCCAGUCGACAACAGGACGGUGGCUGUUGAUCAGCGAGGCGGUGCUGCUCAGUCCAAGAGGACUCCACAGUCGAAAGCAGACCAAGUGCCCACAAGCGAGACACCAAACCGACUAGAUCUCAGACGUACCGGCCGUCAGCGUGCCAGGGCACCCCCCGUCCCCCAGUUAUCCGUCCCACCCAGAGCGCCCCAGAACGUCACAUCGAUGGACCUGUCGCCCCCUCAGCUGAGUUUAUCGAUGGAUGGCUUGUUCGACUUCGAUGCCAGCAGGCUGGCGGCUGAUGGCCACGGCCUCGACGACUUCUAUGACAUCCCGCUGGAGGGAGAGGGCGAUGAUACGGACGUCGAGGGCGGCGGGAGUGGUGUGCGUUUGAAUGGCACCGACCUGGGCGAGGCGCGAGAACUGAUCCAGAACCUGCUGGAGGGCUUCAUUAGCAAACAGGGGAAGGGUACUGGUACUGCCCCGGGUGCUGACGUUGGCGAUGCGAGAGGGGAGGUGAAUGCUGACGGAGAGAAAGUGAGAGUGACGGAGACCAAGCAGACAUGAUGCCUGGUGGGCACGGCUGUAUAGGUUAUGCGUGUAAUGACGUGGCUGUGACACAUGAGAGAGAGAUUGAUGUGAUUGCACCAAUACGCGGUGUUGAAAUAACGUCAGCGGAAUGCAUCCGAUCCAUGAUACGCACGACACCAGACGUUACGCAUUGAGAGGGUAUCAGAACGGACAAUCAGAUAUAAAACGUAGACAGCGAUCAUGUGC